AUGGCAGGUUAUCAAGUACACCCAUGACAUUUAGUAGAACCAAGUCCCUGGCCUUUAGUAGGAGGCUCGGCGGCGUUUACAUUAACAGUUGGGUUAGUUAUAUGAUUUCAUUAUAAUUCUACUGUACUUCUAGUCUUAGGGCUUAUGUUAGUAGUAGUUACUAUAGUUCAGUGAUGGCGAGAUGUAAUUCGUGAAGCAACGUUUCAAGGUUGUCAUACGUCUUAUGUACUCGCCGGGCUACGGCGGGGAAUAGUGUUAUUUAUUAUUUCUGAAGUCUUUUUUUUCCUUGCGUUCUUUUGGGCAUUUUUUCAUAGUAGUUUAGCGCCAACUGUCGAGUUAGGUGUAACUUGACCUCCAGUUGGGAUUCACCCUUUAAAUGCAUUUGCUGUGCCACUAUUAAACACCGCAGUACUACUGAGAUCAGGGGUAACUGUAACGUGAGCACAUCAUGCUUUGAUAGAGGGAAAACGUAUGGAGGCAAUUCAAGCAUUAAUGUUUACUGUAAUACUGGGGUUAUAUUUUACUGCUCUUCAGGCGUGGGAAUAUUAUGAGGCGCCGUUUACUAUUGCUGAUGGUGUUUAUGGGUCUACAUUUUUUGUAGCAACGGGGUUUCAUGGAUUGCAUGUAAUUAUCGGGUCCACAUUCUUAAUUGUGUGUUUAGGGCGGCAGGUGGUAUAUCAUUAUACAUCUUCACAUCAUUUUGGUUUUGAAGCAGCAGCUUGAUACUGGCAUUUUGUAGAUGUGGUAUGAUUAUUCUUGUAUGUUUGUAUUUAUUGGUGAGGGUCCUAA